GUGUUACUUUGACUUUUAUUCUUUUAUGAGCUCACAGUCAGUGCUGCUGGUUUUCCUCUCAGACUGACUGAAGGCCACAAGAUGGAUGUUUGUGAGGAGGAGGAGGAGGAGGAGUUUCCAGCAUCCAGCCGUCUGUCUAUGAAGACUGACUGGUCCAAAGGAAGUCCUCGAGUCUUCAGUAAAGAAUCAGAACCUUCAGACACAAAAGUGAUGAAGAGGAGGAGAGGUUCUGAGGAGGAGCAGCCGUCCUGCUGUGCUUUGUGUCAGGACGUCCUGAAGGAUCCAGUCUCCAGCAGCUGUGGACACUGGUUCUGCAGACGCUGCAUCACCUCAUACUGGGACCAGUCUGCUCCAUCAGGACACUCCUCCUGUCCCCAGUGUGGAGAAAGAUCCAGAACCAGAGCUGGACUGCAGACAGCCGGUCAGAGCAGCUGUGUACAAAAUGCUGGUCUGCAGGAGGUUCUGCAGGAAGUUCAGUCUGGACUGGGCAGAGGGCCGAGAAAACCAGGACGUCAGUGUGGUGGUUGAGCUUCCGUUCAGGGAGCUGAACUUGAUCAGAGAUGAGCAGCACAGUCUUCUGACGCUGCUCCAUGUGUUCCAUCCAGCAUUACAGAAGGUGACAGCAGAGGAGCUGGCUGUCUGUAAACUUUUGUUCAUCUUAGACGGUCUGGAUGAAA